AUGGCUUCCCAAAUUUGCCUCCCUCUCUCAAACCAUUACCAUGGUUCCUCUCCAAAGUUACCUUCUUCCAUACCCAAAGCUCUCAAACACCAUUCUCAUGAAAAUAAGAAAAUUCCCAGCAAAGAUACCUUGCCAUCUCCACUUACCCUCAGCAAGAGAAGCCUUAAUUCCUCAGCUAUCGCCCUUAUCAUCAUUGGGUUUUCGCCUCGCAAUGCCAAAGCUCUGUCUGUAAAAGAUUUGGAAAUCGAAAGAUACGUAGAUUAUGAACAGGUUUUCACUCUUCUUAGGCCUUCUUCUUGGAUUAAGGUUGAGAAAGCAAGGGCGACUGUUUUGUUUGAGGAAGCAAAUGUGGGAAGUAACAAAGUUGGGGUUGUUGUGAACCCGGUUCGUUUAAACAGCCUUGGAGAAUUUGGCACUCCUCAAUUUGUGGCUAAUAAGCUUAUACUGGCUGAAAAACGCAAGGAAAGCACAAAGGAUGCUGAGGUAAUCGGAGUUGCCAAGAGACCGGGUCAAGGAGGCUUACAAGUGUACGAGUUUGAGUACAAAGUGGAUAGCACCAGAGGGGGAAUGAAGAGGAUCCUUUCGGUAGCGUUCGUGGCGUCGAAGAGGCUCUACCUUCUUAACAUUGCUCAUUCAGACAAACCUGAAAGCCCUCUUGAUGCCCAUACAAGAGCAAUGUUGGAAGAAAUCCUUCAUUCGUUUGAUUCGGCGCCUUCGACAUAGCGUUCGGAUAAAGUA